UCCAGACCAAAACAUCGGAAAAGUGUCCAGAAUAAAUUAAUAUUUUCACAACAGCAUUUGUGCAACAGAAAUGUCGACCACCCGUGUUAAAACUAGGGAAACCAAAACCGGAGAAAUUAUAGCCUACAGUGACACUGCCAUCCGGAACAAUGCUUCGGCGGUGGAAUACUGUCGCACAUCGAUGGCAGCGCUCUCAGGAAGCACAGCAGGUGUUCUUGGUCUUACGGGCGUCGUGGGUUUCCUGUUCUACGUGCUAGCCGUGCUGUGCCUGUGGCAGAUGCUGCUACUGAAAUCGGGAUCGAACUGGCAGAAGUAUUUCAUCAGUCGGAAAAGCCUGCUGACCCACGGUUUCCUGAGCGGACUGUGCACUUACGUGCUGUUUUGGACGUUCCUUUAUGGAAUGGUGCACGUGUACUGAGGGGAAGGAGAUUGGAUGCAUCAUCCUGCGACAGGCUUUGUUACGCAUUGCUGUAUAAAUUAUUCUUUUUUUCCAAAUACACAUACCAUGGUUUACCAACA